AUGUCAAGUAACGGCCUAAGAUCGAAUGAACAUCGACCCCGAUUAUGUCAUCUACGUCGAUGGCCUGAUUUUGCUGGUUAUGGUUUUAAUUUACAUUGUGAAAAAUCUAAAUUAGGUCAAUACAUCGGCAAAGUCGAUGAAAAAUCGCCGGCUGCUUCUGCUGGUUUAUAUGAAAACGAUCGUAUAAUUGAAGUUAAUUUUGUGCCCAUCGGCACUGAAAAUCAUAAACAAGUUGUACAAAGAAUAAAAGAAGGCGUGACAAGAAAUGGCAGCAAAUAUCCAGACGAAGUUAUUCUAUUAGUAGUCGACCCAAAAACAGAUGAAUAUUAUAAGAAUAAAUCAAUAGUUAUCAAAAGUUCAGAUCCGAAUGUUCUAAAACUUGAAGCAAAAAGUAAUCCCGAUGAUUCUCCUCAUUCAUCGGAUAGAGAUGAUAAUCAAGGAGAUGAUUCACCACCUAUUGCACGAAAACCAUCACCACAAAUAAGAUCAGCGGAAUCCAAUCGAGACUAUACGCAUGUCACUGAUUUUACUGGUCCAGUAGUCGUCCAAAGUAACAAUGUUGAUUCACCCGCAACAUCAAGACCAUAUAGCCAAAAUUAUGUAAACGCAGAUGAUCGUAACACUAAUAUGCAAUUAAAUUAUUCUGCUUCAGACAAAGAUAAACGUAGUAAUAUAUCUCAAACAUCAUCAUCGUCACCUGCCAAUGGAUCGCGAGGUGUAUUUGAAUUGAAAAUGUCAGCUGCUGAAUAUCGAGAAAAAAUAAAAUCGCUAAAUCCUCGUAAACGUGACCCUCGACACACGAAUCAAAUGUCUAUGAAACAAAAGCACGAUGUUAUUGAUCGUUUGUAA